UACGCGUCGAAGUAGAAAGCGAGCCGUGGUACUUCUCUCUCUCUCUCUCUUCGGGGGAAUUAUUACAGAGGAGAGAUGGAUCAGAUACUGAACAAGGUUGGCUCGUAUUGGUUAGGACAAAAGGCAAACAAAGAGUUCAACUCCGUCGGCGACGAUUUCAAUUCAUUGUCUAGCAGUAUUGAAGGAGGUACCAAGUGGUUGGUCAACAAACUCAAAGGAAAAAUGCAGAAGCCAUUGCCUGAGUUGCUAAAGGAAUUUGGUUUACCUGUUGGGAUCUUUCCACAGGACGCCACGAACUACGAGUUCAACGAAGAGACGGGUAAGUUGACUGUCUUCAUCCCCGAGACCUGCGAGGUUGGUUACAGGGAUUCAUCAGUCCUGCGGUUUUCGACAACGGUGACGGGUUACCUGGAGAAAGGAAAGCUAGCUGAGGUGGAAGGCUUGAAAACAAAGGUGAUGAUUUGGGUGAAAGUGACUUGUAUCUCAGCAGACCCAUCAAAGGUUUAUUUCACGGCAGGGAUGAAGAAAAGCAGGAGCAGAGAUGCUUAUGAGGUUAUACGGCCUGGUGUUAUCGUUGAUAAAUUCUAAACUUAUGGAUCAGUUAUGGUACUCUAAUAAUACAAACAUUAGUUUUUGUAUGUAUGCUUUAAAACACACUGUGUUGCAAACCUUUUACUCAAUGUGUAAGGGUGUUGGUACUUGAAUAAAGAACUCAAUAGCAAUCAAAGA